CUCUCCGUUUCUCUCUCCACGACGGAAUUGGGGGAGACGACGGCGGAUGGGUGAGAGAAAGUCAGUCUCCCAAAGCAACAUGAUACAGCAGCUUAUGUGAAGGUGCAUGAGAACCUGUUGCCCAAACGCAAUUUGCCAACUCAAUCUCUCUCCAUUGGCUGGGAUUGGUUCCUGCACGCCUAACCUGAUUUCGUCCUCUCGCCCGACAACAAGUAGCUCAUUCCUACGCAGAAUAAUAGAUAAUUCGAUACAUAGAAAUUCGUUCGCCAUGAUCCUUUGAGACCCUGACGACGGAAAAGUAAGUGCACAACAAGAAGAAGAACAAGAACAAAUAUGAAUAUUUCUUUUGCUCGCUUGUGGCUCUUGGCUGUGGGGGCGUUUGAGGUGACCUUGGCCAUAAAUAGAUGCUCACACUCGAUGAAUUACCGAGAUCUUUGUCCAAACCCGAUGAUGGUGUCGAGCGGACGUUCGAUUACCUCCCAUGACGAUGGGGACAAGGACGAUAUGGAAAUACGCCUCACUCGGCGGUACAACGGCACCUGUGAAUUCUUCAGGAAUGACGACGAGGUGACCAGCGUGGGCGGAAUUCAUGUCAUGGACUACGCAUGGCCAUUCAGCACAGCAGCAACCUGUGACCAUGUUGUGAAGCUCGUCCUUGACCGGGACACUAUCUAUGGGAUGGAGAAGGAGAGCGUGUGCGACAAGGAGCUGGGGAUAAAAGUCCUUGAGGGUGUCACCAUGUGGCACAACUUCACCCUCAAAUCGACCCGCUUUUCCUUUGAGGACAUCAUCUCAAACUAUGGCGACUCCCCAUUCGAUCUGCUCUGUACCCACAUCCCAAAGUUCGUCCUCCUGCUCUUUGAGACUUACCGAGAUUCGAAAUGUUCACUCGUGGUCCAGCAAUACCGAGUGAAUGAUCGGCGCAGCAACAACUGUGAAUACCUGAAAACUCCGCUCCACUACUUCCGCUUCUGUGGCGUCUAUCCCUGCUCGCGAUUCAGCAGUAUCUUACACGAGCUUAAACUGAUCGCAAGGCGAAUCCCGAACGCCAACCUGAUGGAACAGUCGCCAACUGCGGAGUCACAGGAGCAGAAUAAUCAUUUGAGGGUCGAGCCCUACCUCCAGCCAGACGGCAUGUACAACCAAAAGCUGUCAAAUCUCGAGGGGAGCAACAUUGCCACACCCACCACGACCACCACUACGACCACCACUGAAGACCCAGCCAGCAUGUCGGAUGGCACACUCGGAGAUCCGAAACCAAUUGAUUAUGCAGAGUGGGCGGUCCGCUUGUUCUUCCCACUCAUGGGAGUGGCGUUCAUCUUCCUCCUCCUCAGCAUUCUCAAGGGACGAUAUGCCAAUGAGCUUUGUGCAAAGCAGGGUAAUCCCCCAGCCCACUAUCUCGGAUCAAUCAUUUCAUUGGACAAGCACGGACUAAAAAUGUAGGUUAUGCUUACCCGAAAAGGGCAGAAAUGGUUGCAGGGUAUUUAUAAUUCAUCAUCAACUUUGAACAAAUUAAAAUAUUGCAAAUCAUAUUAUUCAAAUCAUACAUAUAUUAUUAUCCAGAGAAAGGAGAAAGAAAACGUAGUCAAACUUUGUAGUUGUUCUUGUUAAGAAAUCAUGACCUGAUAUGAAACUGGUGUACAGAUUGACACGCUUAAAAUUCGAUACAUGUACUUAAUAAUUAUACAAAUGCAAAUAAAAACAAUUUCUAAACGUAAAA